CGAACUUGAUAAACCUCCUUCUGUGUGUGUGACAUUGCAGGUACUAAAUAUGGAGUCUAACGAGCAAGGAAGCCAGGAAAAAUGGAAGGGGAAGGCCAUAGCAGAAGUGAAAGGAGUGAAAGCAGAAAAAGUUUGGCCUCUUUUGGAGGAUUUCUUCGGCCUGAGCAAGUGGUUUCCCACACCGAUGUGCAUUCCCGUUGAAGGAAUCUCCGGAAUACCAGGGUGUGUGCGUUUCUGCGGUGGUUUCAAGACACCGGUGGACGAUGAUGCCAAAAAAUCUGUGAACUGGACCAAGCAGAAGCUGUUAUCCAUCGACCCUGCUCGGUGGACUUUUACCUAUUGUAUUGUGGAUAGCAACGUUGGGUUUCACUCCUACCUUGCAACCUGGACAGUGAGGCCAACCGCCGAAGGGUGUGAGGUUGAGUGGCUCUACGAAGUCGAACCGGUUCAAGGCUGGACACUUGAAUAUCUUGAUUCCUUCAUAGACAAAGGCUUGUUUGCCAUGGCUAAGAACAUGGAACAAGGUUUGAAGACCAUGGAAGAAGCACUCAUGUCCCACAAGUAAAGGACAAACUUAGAUACUGUUAUGUUUGUGCUGUGUUGUUGUUGUUGUUUUUUU